AUGAGUUCAGCAUUAUUGAUAGCUAAAUAUUUGGGAGCUGAAAAGCAAGCUGAAUUAAUAGAGAACUUACUAGUAGAUAUUCAAAAAGAAAAUACCGAAAAUGAUCACAAUGUUGAAGUCUUGAUUGAAUUAUUAGAUGGAUUCAAUCUUGAUAAAUAUCCUCAAUUUUAUAAUCAAAUAUUAAAUUUUUGUAAUAAAAAGCUUUUGAUGGAAAAUGAAUUAGAAAUCAUAUUGAAAUUUGUUUAUAAAAUUCCUCAAUUGAAACAAGAUAUACUUGAAAGAAUCAUUCAAUUAUUAUAUGGCUACAUUAAAGAACAAAUUUAUUAUUUCAAUCAACAAUUGAUUAAACUCAUUCCAAUAUCUAUAGUUGAUAAUAAACAGGACUCAACUAUUGAUUUGAUCACUAGUGAUGAAUUAAUAUUGUUGUUUCAAUUUUUACAAUCAUUGUUUACUACUACUACUACUGCUGGUAAUGAUGAUACUAUCAUUCUUGAAAUUGAUUAUUUGUUGUUGUUAUUUUUGGGAAUCAAUGACAAACAAGUAUCAAAUGUCACUUCCAAGUUAUUACGUUGGAGAAUGAAUUCAAUUAGUCAAAAAAUUGAAGGUCAAUUGAUUUGGGAUAUAAUAUUUACUUUAGAAAGUACUAAUCUUGAAUUUCAUAAAAGCCAUGCCUAUAUAUUAUGGUUAAGAUAUUUAAACACUGGAUUAAUUGCCAACGAUACAUUCCAAACUAUUAUUCAGAAAUCAGAUUAUUGGAAGUCCUUACAACAAGGAUUAAUUAGUGAUUCUCAUGAAUAUCGUAAGUUCAGUUUAUCAAUAUUACAAGUAUCUUUAACGUCAAUUAAUACCGAUCUUAAUAAUGAUUAUAUUGUUUGGGAAAUCACCGAUAAACAAAAAUACCUUAAUGAAUGGUCAAGAUAUAUGACAUUAUAUGAAAUUAUUGCCAUUGAUACUUCAUUAAAUCAAGCUGAAGCAGGUCAAAAUGAUAUCACAGGGUUAAUCUCACCAACUUCUUUGAUUCCUUCUUCUUGGGGGUGGUGUUUAUUAUCAACAGGUCUUCAAGCUACCCUUGAAUCAGUUAGAAAAUUCACAUUAAGACUUCUUUUAUCGAUCCCAUCAGAAAAUUUAUAUUUAAUCAAACAUGGAUUACCUAUUUUGGAGAAAGCAUUUUUACCCAAUUUAAUGAAUGCAUCUAAUUUAAAUGUGAAAAUCACUUCUAAUGAUAAAUUAGAUUGUGAAUAUGCUUAUCAAUUGAAAAAUUAUAUUUGUAAUAUGGUUAAGAAUUUAUCAACUGAUCAAGAACUCCAAGAUAUAACAUUAUCGAUAUUAAGAGUAUUGGCAGAUUUAAAAGAUAGUUAUGGUCCUUCAAGAAUAUUGGUUUUGCAUGGAUUAUAUGAUGGAUUAAAUCAUCAAGCCAAUAGGAAACAAGUAUUACAAUAUGGAAUUCAUGAUAUUCCAUUAUUAGUAUUAUUUGAAAAAAAAUGUGAAGGAGAAAUAUAUGAAAGAUAUCAUCAAAAUCUUAAUUUAAGGUUAUUACUUAAUUUCAAAUUAGAUAUAAAAUCAUUUUUAUCAACAUUAAAUAAAUUCAUUAAACAUAAUGGAUUUGAAUUAUUAAAAGAAAAUCAUCAAUUAUUUACCAAUUAUAUUCAAGAUGUGCCAAUAGAGAAAUUUAUGUCCCAUCAAGAAUUAGGUGAUUGUGGACCAGAAUACAAGGCAUUGUUUUUAGGUAUUACCGAUAAAGAUAUUGGCGCUGUUCUUGAAGAAGAAUCUCAAGAGAAAGAUUUGUUAUUGGCCAAAUUAUUUGCAUCUGGUCUUAAAACAACCGAAUUAAAGAAAUUCAAUUCAAGAUUACAAAAACUUGUUUUACUGGAUGAUAUGGAAAUCAUACAAACAUUAAGUCAAGCUGAAUUUGAAUUGAUAGGAAUCCCUGACAAUGAAGACAUUUCCAAAUUAUGGGAAACCAUAAAAAAUGAAAUCCAAUCAAACGAAUAUAGAAUUCUUGAAGAGUGUCUUUAUAAAUUUAGACUUUUCAAUCAAAUUUAUAAAAAUUCAACUUUCCAAUUUGAAAAUAUAACCACGAUUAUUGAUUUCCAUAGAAUCAUGUUAAACAAUUCUUAUGAAACAUCGAAAACUUCAAGAUUUUUUUAUAAAUUAAAAGAUGAAAUCUUAGGUGAAUACUAUACUACUUUAAACCUUACUUUUGAGAAAACCACCACAAACACAAAUGCCAGCAUUAACAUCUCAGCUAUUCUAGAUGUAUUAAAUCCUGGUAUUGUUCAAAAUAAAGCCAAUUACAAUAUGGUAAAUUUAGUUUAUCAUUAUCUUGAAAUAACUGAAACACCUGAAUCAAUUUAUCAAAUUGUAGAGUUUUUAAGUGAAUUAUGGUUUAAUUUAUCUGCCACAAGAUUGAAAUUACAAGCAUUACCAUUACAUCUUUCCAUUAUAAAAACAUUUUUCCACCCCAAAGUGGUUUUCUCAAAGGUAGAUAAAGAUGAAGAAGAAGAAGAAGAUAUUAUUAUUAGUGAUAUGUUACAUAAAUUUGGUAUUUCAAUUAUUGAAAAUUCUAAAGUUAGAAGAAGUUUUUUACCAACUUUAACUUUAUGUUUAUCAAAUUGUCAAAUUCAAAAUCAAAAACAAUUUGAAUCAUGUCAAUGGAUUCCUGAACUUUUAAUUAAAGCAUAUUUAAUAUAUCAACCAAAAGCUCAUUUUUUCAUUCUCCCCAUAAUAUUAGCUGAUAUUUAUGAUAAACAGGUUGCUAUUAAUUCUAAUUCUAAUAUUUAUCAUCAAGUUUAUGGAGAUGAAGAAAUUAGUGCACGAAUUAAUCUUUUGGCAAUUUUCAAUUCUAUAAAAUCAUCAAGUUUCACUCAAUCCGUUUAUGAUUAUAUAAUUGAUAAUCAACAAUAUUUCCAUUUAUUCAAACCAUUAAAGAGUACUGAUGCAUUAGAAGAAUGGACGAGAAUGCAAUUAUAUUCAAUAAUAUUAUCAUUAUCUGAUAAUUUAACUAAUAUUGAUUUGGAUAUUUUCCUUGCUAGAUUAGCCACAGAACCAAGUCCAAUGGUUCGUUCUUAUAUUGAAUGGAUAAUUGCUCUUAAAUUAAGUGAUAAUGGAAAUUAUGUUGACAAAUUAUUAAAUGAAUUAUUCCAGAAAAUAAAUAUUCUAAAACCUUCAGUGGUUACAUCAUAUUUGAAAAUAUUAUUCUUAUUCAUUCAACAACAAUCCACCACCAAGGAAUGUCAAUUAUUAACAAAACUUUUAUAUACGGUUAUCCCUGGAUGUACCGUAUCACGUAAAAUGAUUAGACAUUUUUCACUAUCAUUAAUAAUUUCUAUUCAUGAUGAAAUUAAAAGGAAAAAUUUACCUUUAGAUCCUCGUGUACUUGAUAUUGUCAAUAAUAUGUAUUUAAAUGCCAUUGAAUCAGAAACAUUUGCUCAAUAUAGAAGUGGUGAUGAAUUAUUAUGGGAUAUUGUCAAAGAUUUAACUUUGGUCAAUAUUUCUGGUGGAGUUAUGUUAAGAUUAUCUGAUAGAACUGAUUUAGAUUUUAUUAAAAAAGAAAAUUUUGAUAAAUAUCUUUCUCAGGAUCAAAUCAAUUUAUUGAAAUAUGAUAUUGGUCAAGAUCCUCAAUUAUGGAUGAUAAAUGAAGAAAAAGAAGAAGAAGAAGAAGAGGAUUAUGAUAAGAAGAGAAAAUUGAACUUGAAGAAACCAAUUGUUACUCCUAUUAAACCAGUAGACAGUAAUGAAGUGUCGUCUUCAUCAUUUUUACAAACUAAAAGUGGUGCCUGGAAUACAAUUAUGGAUGCUGAUGCUGUUGUUGAUGAUGUUAAUAAUACUAAUAACAGUGUUCGAGGAUCAGAAAUUCCAAGAAGUGAAUUAAUUGUUGUUUCUUCAUUAGUUGAUAAACCACCAAAUUUAGGUGGGAUAUGUCGUUUAUGUGAUGUUUUAGGAGCAGGGUUGUUAACAUUACAUGAUAUUGAAGUUAAAAAUCAUAUCAACUUUAAAACCGUUGCCGUUACUGCUGAUCAAUGGAUGCCUAUGAUUGAAGUUAAAAUGGAAAAUAUUAAACAGUAUUUAUUAGAUAAGAAACGUGAGGGUUAUACAUUAAUUGGAUUAGAACAAACUGAUAAAUCAAUUGAAUUGAACAAUGAUUUGAAAUUUCCUAAAAAAUCAUUGAUUUUGAUUGGUAAAGAACGUGAAGGUAUUCCUGGUGAUUUAUUAGCUGAAUUAGAUUUUUGUGUGGAAAUUAAACAAGUUGGUAUUGUUAGAUCAAUGAAUAUUCAAACUGCUACAGCAAUCAUUGUUCAUGCUUAUUCUUCACAACAUUGUUAA